AUGGUGGCCGGAGACAAGCCACUGAGACACGCAUGGAACUUCGCUUUUGGCUCCAACAUGGACAAAUUCACAAGGAUGCGCAGGCAGCUGCAACCGACUCAGACACUGCCAGCAGUUGCUGAUGGCUGGGAAUUAUGGUUUAGCCUUGCGGGUGUUCCCUUCCUGGAGCCGUCGUUCGCGACACUUCGGCCAUCCCAAAACAUUAGCACGCACGGAGUGUGCCUCGAGCUUGGACGGGAAAGCUGGAUCCGAUUACUGGUGAGUGAAGGGGUUCUUGGAGCUGCAGAGGUAAAUGAGUUGAGACUACGACAAGUGCCGCUGGAAGAGAUACUGGACAGAGCUGCGAAGAGGGGACAAGCUGUCCGCGGCUACCGGCUUUUGCCGAUUGAGGUGUCGAUGUAUUCAACGUCCCAGCGCGAGACCGCCUAUGCCUUGGUGGACGGCGACUUCGAGUCACAGACAAAGAUGCCUCAGGUCAGGCCGCCGUCUUUAAGAUACUGGCGGCUUCUGCGCAAUGGGGCACGGAGACAUGGCCUGACGCGAGACUACCGCGACUAUCUGGCCUCUUUGCCAAGGUAUGUGCCAUCCUUGCUGGCUCCUGCUGCCCUUCCAGCACUUGCUGGUGCUGCUGCUGCUCGGUGGGUUGACAGCUCCGAUCAGGAGGCCUGGCCGCGGCUGCAAGGUCCUGCCAGCCUGGCGCUGGGCCGCCUGGUGAUUGGUCCUGAUCCACCCGAUGAUGUUUGGAGCAAGUUCUGUUCCGUGCCACGAGACGAGCUGCUGAAUCGUGUGAUGAAGCUCGUCGGAGAGGAAUCCACGACUCUUUACCUGGCUUGA